UAAAUUUUAUUUUAUAAAAGCGUGCUAAUGCCAAGAUGAGGAUAAGGUCCUUCCUCGUCUCUUUUGAUUCUCUUUCUCUCUCUAAAGCUCUUACUUUCUCUCUCUACAAAUUCUCCAUAGCUCCACAAGUGCCAGCCACGUGCGGGCUUCUUCUUCUUCGAAUCACCUAUUAAUUCCACUGCAUCGAUGCUACUGUUGAUUUCGUGCUGAAUUUGAGCUUUUAAAUUUUUUUUUUUUUUAUAAUUUGAGUAUUUUGGACGAUGUCGAUUGCGUUUGAGAGCGGUGGAGGUAGUGGGAUCGAACGGUCAGGGUUUGUCCACGGGAUGUCGUGUAUUUCGAUCUUCGAUUCGCCGGAGGCCGGAGUCUUUUCCAGUGAUCGGAGGUUUCCGUCGGGCGUGGAGGAGAGGGAGGAGGGGUUGGAUUCGUGUAGCUCGUCGUCGAUCGGGAGGAAUAGUGACGCUUCAGGAGGGUCGUCGGAAGGAGAGGAUUCCGGCGAGACGGAGGUGCAGAGCUCGUAUAAAGGGCCGUUAGAGACUAUGGAUGCCUUGGAGGAUGUUUUAGUGGUCAAGAAAAGCAUAUCUAAGUUCUACAAUGGAAAAUCAAAAUCCUUCACAAGUCUAGCUGAUGUAUCAGCGUCUUCCUCUGUUAAGGACCUUGCUAAGCCUGAAAAUGCCUAUGCCAAGAAACGCAAGAACUUGCUUGCUUACAGUAACUUCUGGGACAAGAACCGGAAUUGCCCAUGGAGAAGCAAUGCUGGUGGGAUAUCAAAGAGACCCCUCAUCUCUUCCCGAAGUACAUUGGCCCUUGCAGUGACCAUGAGCAGUUCCGAGAGUGGUAAUUACUGUGACGAUUCCAACUGCAGCUCCAACCUGAGCUCCUCACAUUCCCCUUCUCUUCCACCUCUGCACCCACAAGCCAAGAAGUCAUCUAACAAUGCACCAUCAUCAUCGCCACCUUCUCAACAGAAAUUCCCUCCUUGGCGGUCGUUCUCCCUUUCCGAUCUACAGGGCAUGGAUGCUGCAACUCCUGGCAUCACUGGGCUUGCAGGUAAUAACAACAGAGAGAGGGACAAUGAACUACAACAUUGACAAAAGGUUUAGCUCUGACUAUGUUUUUCAGACUAUGACUGUGAAGUUUGAAGAAUGUUUCAUGGUGUUGUGGUUGUGGUUGUGGUUGUGGUUUGAUGAUUCUGUGAGACUUUGCCCAUUCCCCAUUCCACUUGUAGCAUUAGGUUACCCUGUUAGGGCAUCUUGAUUGAUAAUCAUAAUAUAAUGGCAGCAAUACGGUUUCUUUUUU